AAAAAAGAUUGUACACUUUGUAUGAUUCUUAUUUAAUUAUAGUGAGUAGUCUCAUUCCAUUCGUGGUAUAAUGCUAUUCACUGCAAUUGCUUCUGUUCUUUAACCUUUCCUUUGUUCUUCUUCUUCAGUAACUUUUCUUUUGUCACUAUCUAUAUUGUUUUAUAUCUCUCAUUUAAUGCUCUGUUUUCAGUGAUUUUCAGCUGUUGGGUCGUUUUUACUUCUGAGUUUUUUCAAAUCACAAAACUCUUCAAAAUUAAUUAGGCGGGGGAUUUCAAGUUUUUCAUACAAGUAGAAGACUCUUAAGACACUCAUGACGACAAGAACAUCGAAACAUAAACGUUCUAGAAGCGACCCCGUCCCCAGAAAAUCUCUCAAGAACAAGAAAUCAAGUGAAACCCUUUACAACAUCGAUCGAUUUCACAUGGAUGAACGUUUGCAGAGAGAGAUAGAACAGCUAAAAUCUCUUCUAAAGUCCAGAAAAUUACAUCCCAAGAGAGUCUCAAGUGAUGAGAUUGAUUUGUUGCUUCAAGAAGAUGAAGUCUUAGUACGGCGAGAAAUGGAGACAGUCAUUCGACGCAAACUGUUCUUGGAAGAUUCUAAAAAUGAAGAUUCUUCUAUCCCCAAGGAGGCAAAGAAACUGGUGAGGGAAAUCGCGGGUUUGGAGCUGCAAGUGAUGUACUUAGAAACAUAUCUUCUUUUGUUAUAUCGAAGAUUCUUCAACAACAAAAUUACAUCUGAAUUAAAAUCAGAGGGGAAAGAGAUAUCAGAAGCUAUUCUUGGGAGCACUAAAGUCACUGAUUCACCCAAAAACACAGUCUGCAGUUCGCAGAAAGUUGUAGAAGACUCUGGAAUCUUCCGCAGUCACUCAUCCUUGUCUCAUUGUUCAGGCUAUUCCUUUAGAAUGUCUCCCCAAGCAAUGGACUCGUCAUAUCAUCGAUCUCUUCCUUUCUCAAUGCUUGAGCAAUCCGAUAUCGAUGAAAUGAUCGGGACAUAUGUUUCUGAAAACGUUCAUAAUUCACCAAAUAGUUUGUCUGAAGAGAUGAUCAAGUGCAUCUUACAAGUAUUUCGUCAACUUGCUGAUCCAGAAUCACUCGAUGAUGAUCGAGAAACAAGCAGUCCUUUCCGCGGGAAAGAGCGACUGAAGGUCAUUUGUCGACCUUACGACAAAUUAUUAAUGGUGAAAUCGAUAUGUAGAGACCCAGGGAAGUUAAAUGCAGUUGAACCUGCUUUGAAACAUUUCAGGUCGCUUGUUAAUAAGUUAGAAGGAGUGAAUCCAAGGAAGUUAAAUCAUGAAGAAAAGCUAGCUUUCUGGAUUAACAUACACAACUCUCUGGUUAUGCAUUCGAUAAUUGUCUAUGGGAACCCUAAAAACAGUAUGAAAAGAGUAUCUGGGUUGCUGAAGGCAGCGUACAACGUUGGAGGUCGAAGCUUGAACUUAGAUACCAUUCAGACUUCAAUCCUUGGUUGCCGUGUCUCUCGUCCAGGACAGGUAUUUAGGUUCUUGUUUGCUUCUAGAUCAAAAGGUAAAGCUGGAGAUUUAGGAAGAGAUUAUUCUAUAACUCACUCUGAGCCUCUUCUUCAUUUCGCUCUUUGCUCGGGGAACUUGUCAGAUCCAUCAGUUCGUAUAUAUACACCCAAGAACGUGAUGAUGGAGCUAGAAUGUGGUAGAGAAGAGUAUGUAAAAUCAAACCUAGGAAUUUCCAAAGACAACAAGAUUCUUUUGCCGAAGCUUGUUGAAUUAUAUGCCAAGGAUACUCAACUUUGCAACGUCGGUAUUCUCGACAUGAUUGGGAAAUUUUUGCCUUGUGAAGCAAGAGAUAGAAUCCAGCAGUGUCGGAACAAGAAGCAUGGAAGAUUCACCAUCGAUUGGGUCGCACAUGAUUUCAGAUUCGGCUUGCUUCUCUGAGAAGAAAAUAAGAGUUAUGAACCGUGGUUUCUUUUCCCCUUUUUUUUCAUCUGAUGUGAGCGAUGAAUAUAAGAACUGUCAAAUUUUCUAGUUAUGAGAUCAUAUUUAAGUGUAGAACUCAAACUAUGUAAGUGAUAACACCAGAUCUAUUUAUCA